AUGGAGAAGAUCGAAGAUGAGGUUGGGGUAUUCAGUAAACAAUUUAAGUUAGUUUUCAGCUGGCAAACACGGUCGACCGGAGAUGGAAUCAUACUGAUCGUGGAACACGGCCAAGCGAUAUGUGCUGUCGUCGAUGUGCUUUGGGAGUAUCAUGAUCGGUACCCCUCAAAUGAGGUCAUCAUGAAGUGGGGAAGGGAUGUGCUGAGAGGUGUCAGACAAAUCUAUGCAAAGAAGGGGCUGGAUUACCCUUUGGUAUCAAUGGAUCCCAAGCCAAACACUUCAAAGCGCAAGAGGUCAGCUUUCAUGGAAUCUGCCGGCACAGAAGUCAAAGUAGUUGCUUCUUCGAGAUCUGACUUCCUCGGUAGAACACCAGACCCUCCAAAAAUGGUAAGCAAUAUUUCUGAGUGGAUUGACAUGAGCUUAUUUAUUGUGAAAAGGUGUCUGCCGAGGUCGACCCCCUGA